AUGCCCUCACUUUCCCGCUACACUAGUCCCGUUCAGGCAACCAAAACCCGAGGUAGAUAUGCAAGUUCUUCUAAGUAUCCUUCUAGAAAAUUGCCACCUCCAACUUGUCCUAAAGUAGCUGAAUUUGAGUCUUCCCCUUCUAACUUUCCUCCUGUUUCCGCAACAGAAAAAUACAAGCCACCCACAAGCAACCGUUCUUCUCCAGAUGUGGAUGACCUGUCCUCUGCAAAUAAGUCUAUGGUUGAAAGGAUCCACAUUGCUCUAGAAUUUGAUGAGGACAAAUACCAGGCUUUGAAAUUCAUAUCCAGUGAGUUUUAUGAAGGUGCAACUGAUACUGCGGAAUAUUUGACCUAUGUACAACAGUUUGGCCUCACACAUCUUGUCCCCGAAAUGGCAAUACUCUUUCCUGAUGCGUCAAAGCAUAAAGAGCUUGCCGAUACUUACAAUGCUCGUUCUGGAAUGUCUCCCUCAAACGAGAGACAUUGUUCUAGGAAAAUAAGGAGAGGCAUGAGGCAGAUGCAAGAUACGAAGGAAGAUAGAGGUGACGCAUUAUCAAAUGGUCGUCAUUGUGCUUUCAAGAAAAAAUCUAAUAUAACCGUUGAUGAGGGGUGUUCUGAAUCAUGUUUUUCAGUUAGGUCUUUGAAUCUUCCGUCUCAAUCAACAGGGCGUGGAUCUAAUCAAAGUUCAAGUGCUGGGAAAGCACAAAAAAAGAAAACGUCCAAGUUCCCUGAAGCUCGAUGGGGUGAUGGUUCGCUGGCUAAAUUUUCAGACAUUAAACGUAGCGAUUCAGGUGAAACAUCCAAUUUCGACGCACAUACUUCUGGUGGGUUGCCAGUUUAUGGUGUGUGGGGGAAUGGGGGAGGCCGAAGAUUGGUUGAGACAUUCAAUUUCAAAGCAAAUACUUGUGGUGGAUUGCCACAGUAUGAUGCAUGGAGGAAUGGGGGAGGCCAGAGGUUGCUUGCACGAACUCGAGGAGCAAAUGGACUCAAGAAUUUUUUAUAG